AUGACAGACGGCAAUAUUGAAAUGCACAUUGAUCCAGCUCGUGCGCAGCAGCUGUGUAACAACUUCUCUGCGGUGCUUUCUCGUGUCAAGUCUGCGUCAUCGACUUCUCAAGCACCUAUUCGUUUAGUUGCUGUUUCUAAGCUUAAGCCAGCCAACGACGUCCUUGCUCUACACCGGGAACCGCACCAUCAAUUACAUUUCGGAGAGAACUAUCAGCAAGAGCUUCUCCAGAAAUCCCAGCUUCUGCCUCGAGAGAUACGAUGGCACUUCAUUGGCGCUUUGCAGACGAAUAAGUGCAAGCCAUUGGCAGAGCAGAUCCCAAAUCUAUGGUGUGUAGAGAGCGUGGAUACGGUGAAGAAGGCGGAUCAGUUGGAGAAAGGAAGGCAUGCGCUCUGCGAAAAGGACAAGCAAUAUGAGGCGGAGCCAUUGAGAAUUUUUGUGCAGGUCAAUACGUCUGGCGAGGAAGAGAAGUCUGGUGUUGAACCAAAAGACGCCAUAGCUCUUUGCCAGCACGUCAGAGACCAGUGUCCAAAUCUGAAGCUGCAAGGCAUCAUGACAAUCGGCGCGAUCGCUAGAAGCAAGGGAGUCAGUGAAGGCAAAGAGAAUGAGGAUUUCGUCACUCUGAGGAACGUGAGGGAUCAAGUUGCAAAAGACUUAGGAUUGGGGCAAGAGCAGUUAGAAUUAAGCAUGGGUAUGAGCGAGGAUUUUGAGAGUGCGAUCCAGUGUGGGAGCAAUGAAGUCCGCGUGGGGAGCACAAUCUUUGGAGAGAGGCCCAAUAAGGCGGAAGCAAAAAUAAAGGAGAACAACGAGGAGGGAAAGUCAUAA